AUGUCGACUGACAAGAUCACCUUCUUGACCAACUGGCACGCUACGCCCUACCACGCCCCUCUCUACCUUGCUCAGAGCAAGGGCUACUUCAAAGAUGAAGGCAUCAAGGUCGCACUUCUUGAGCCCAAUGACCCAAGUGAUGUGACUGAGAUUAUCGGCUCUGGCAAGGUCGAUCUUGGCUUCAAGGCUAUGAUCCAUACCCUCGCCGCCGCCGCUCGUGGCUUUCCAGUCCAGUCAAUCGGCUCUCUGCUCAAUGAGCCAUUCACUGGCGUUGUAUACCUGACAUCGUCCGGUAUUACUACCGACUUCACCACCCUCAAGGGCAAGAAGAUUGGCUACGUCGGCGAGUUCGGCAAGAUUCAACUCGACGAACUCACUGCGCACUACGGUAUGUCACCCGAAGACUAUCAGGCAGUCCGUGUCGGCAUGAACGUCACGCGUUCCAUCAUCACUGGCGAAAUCGAUGCCGGCAUUGGUCUUGAGAACGUCCAGAUGGUCGAGCUCGAAGAGUGGCUCGUCAGCCAAAACCGCUCGCGUGACGAAGUAAAGAUGCUACGUAUCGACGAACUCGCCCAACUUGGCUGCUGCUGCUUCUGCAGCAUCCUCUACAUCGGCAACAACGCCUUCAUCGAACAGAACCCGGAGAAAGUCCGUGCAUUCCUUCGCGCAUGCAAGCGCGCAACUGACUUCGUCCUCGCGUCUCCCGACCAAGCCUGGGAAGAGUUCUGCAACUUCAAGUCCGCUAUGAACACGCCGACCAACCGCAAGAUCUUUGAGCGAAGCUUCGCUUAUUUCAGUCCUGAUCUCCAGAAUGUCCAGCGGGACUGGGAGAAGGUCACGCGCUAUGGCAAGAGGCUUGGCGUGUUGGACGACAGCUUCACGCCCAACUACACGAACGAGUACCUGGCUUGGGGUCUUGAGGAGGAGGCCAAUGACCCUACUGGCGAUCAGAAGAGGAUGGUCGAGUUGCAGGAGGGCGUCAAGCAGCAUGGCGGAUUCAAGCGUCUUGAGACCAUGUCUGGCAAGACGGUUGUUGGCGCCGCCGCUCCUGCCACAGCUUGA